UCGCGCUUCGUACCCGGCGGGACCGUCGACGAGCCAAUCGAGCGCGACGACGAAUGGGCGAAGGCGCAGCAGGAGCUGGAGGAGGAGCGGCGGAAGAGGGAGGAGGCCAAGGAGCAGGCGGGGGGGAAGAGUCUGUUUGAGAUAUUGGAGGCGAACAAAGCCGCGAAGCAGGAAGCUUUUGAAGAGGCGAAUCGCUUCAAGAACCAAUUCCGCGCCCUAGACGAUGAAGAGGUCGAGUUCCUCGAUGCCGUACUCGAGUCCGAACGCGCCAAAGAAGCUGCGAUACGGAAGGAGACGCGAGAGCAGCUAGACUCGUUCCGCAAGCAACAGGAGGAGGCGGAGAAGGCAGCUCUAGCUGAAGGAGACACUGCCAUUCCGGACGAGGAACAACUGUUUGCUGCUGGCAGGAAGCGGAAGAAGGGCAAAGAGAAGGAGCCGUUGAGAGGAGUCAAGCUCAGGAAAUCCUCUUCU